GAAACAUGAAGCCUGCUAUUUACCAAAAUUUUACAACGAAGUCGCGGACUACUUCCUGCUGCGCAUCUAAGCUUUCCUUUUCCUAACAGGCUUCAUCGAAAAUGACUUGCAAAAGAAGGAACGGAGGACGGUCAAAGCAUGGACGUGGCCACGUCAAGCCCGUCCGGUGCACCAACUGCGCCCGUUGUGUCCCUAAGGACAAGGCGAUCAAAAAGUUCGUCAUCCGCAACAUUGUAGAGGCCGCAGCUGUCAGGGAUAUCUCCGUAGCUAGCGUCUACGAAUCCUACCCUCUGCCCAAGCUGUACGCCAAGCUGCACUACUGCGUCUCCUGCGCAAUCCACUCAAAGAUUGUCCGCAACAGGUCCAAGCAGGACCGCAAGGACCGUGCCCCUCCGCCGAGGUUCCCGAGGGCCACUGCCGACUUGGCACGUGGCGGACCCAACGUGCCCCGCGUCCCAGUCAAAUAGGAUGGUGUUUGAAGAAAUAAACCUUAGAGUGAAAGGAUCA